AUGCUCGCCCUCAAGCUCAUCCUCAUAGCCGCAACCAGCGUACUAGGAGUCGCCGUCCCAGAACCAACAGCAGUAGCCCAACAAGCCGCUUCUUGCACAAAAAACAACGAGAUUGUAAACGCUCUGAAGAAACUCGGCGCACCAGGCGCAAACUUCUGCCGCGAAUACAUCAACCCACCAACAACGAGCACGGUAACAGCGACAAUCACACCCACCGCCGUGAUAACCACUAGCACCGCAGUAGUCACAGUAACACGCACUCAGUGCGGCGAACAAAAGCGCGCCGCACUCAAGCACUUCCAAGUCGAAACCUUCGACAAAGACACCCACGUCAAGGUCGACAAACGCACAAACAUCCCCUUCCAAAUCGUGCGUUUUCCGGCUGCAAAGAUCGCAGAUGCGUGUCGCUGUCUCUGCACGAAACCAAAGUCUCCUCCUACUCCUAUCACUACUACUGUUACGACGUUUGCGCCUGUACCGUGUUACUACAACCGCAACUGCUUGCGUCGAGAGUCGGCCGCCUGUGUGUGCUGCGGUCGGCCAACCUUGCGAUAUGAUGGACCCGGGUAA